AUGGCAAGCGCCCUAGAGACGCUAUGUGGGCAGGCCUUUGGGGCUAAAAGGUACCACAUGUUGGGGACGUACAUGCAAAGGUCAUGGAUUGUGCUGUUCUUCUGCUGCAUUCUCCUAUUGCCUGUGUACAUAUUCGCCUCCCCGAUUCUAAAACUAAUGGGACAGUCCGAUGAUGUGGCAGAGCAGUCCGGCGUGGUGGCUCUGUGGCUUAUACCCUUGCAAUUCAGCUAUGCGUUUCAGUUCCCAUUGCAGAGGUUCUUGCAGAGCCAGCUCAAGAACUUAGUGACAUUGUGGUUUUCCUUGGCGGUUUUGGUGCUUCAUGCAGUAACGAGUUGGGUUUUGGUGUAUGAGUUGGAAUUUGGGGCUGUGGGUGCGGCCAUGGCCCUGGAUAUUUCAUGGUGGGUUUGGGGGAUCGGCCUGUUUUGGUAUGUUUCGUCUGGUAGGUGUCCGCAGAGUUGGGCUGGUUUCUCCAUGCAGGCCUUUUCUGGGCUUUGGGAAUUUGUCAAAUUUUCUGCUGCUUCUGGGUUCAUGCGCUGCUUGGAAUUCUGGAGCUAUAGAAUCCUAAUUCUAAUGACUGGAUCCUCGGAGAAAGCAACUCUUGCUGUGGAUGCCUUGACAAUUUGCAUGACUACAAGUGGGUGGGAGCUCAUGAUUCAUUGGGCCUUCUUGGUUGGAACAGGAGUAAGAGUGGCGAAUGAGUUGGGAGCUGGAAACUGGAAGGCAACUAAAUUUGCAGCCAAGGUUUCAAUGGCAGAAUCUGUCAUCAUCGGUUUAUGCGUAUGUGUAAUUACUAUCAUACUCCAUGAAAAGUUUGCAUACAUAUUCACAUCCAGCACUGAUGUCAUCCAAGAAGUUGAUCAGAUGUCGUAUCUCUUGGCAAUGGCAAUUCUACUUAACAGUAUUCAACCCGUCCUGACAGGUUAAUUUUGAGAAUUCAUGAAGCUCCUAAUUAACAACAAAUUAGUCCUACUUGUGCAAAUUAUUAUAAAACAGGGUAUAUGGGGUGGGAUGAUCUUUGGUGGAACUGCUGUGCAAACGGUGAUUUUGGCCAUCGUGCUAAUACGACAUGAUUGGGAAAAGGAGGCUCAGAAGGCUAGCCAGCGUGCAAAGAAGUGGUCAACGCCUAACCCUGACAAUCAAAUAGAGGAACAUAAAUAG